UUAGGGCAGCGCUUCGGCCGGCCCCGCGGCGGGGAAUCCGCAAUGGGUGUGCGAGCGAUGCAGCGGUGGACGGGCUCCGCGGUUCGGCUCUGGCUACUGCUUUUUCUCUGCCUGCCCGCGAUUCAUGGCCGCCAGAAGGAGUCAGGCUCAAAAUGGAAAGUACUUAUUGACCAAAUUAACAGGUCUUUGGAGAAUUAUGAACCCUGUUCAAGUCAGAAUUGCAGCUGCUAUCAUGGUGUCAUAGAAGAGGAUCUGACUCCUUUCCGAGGAGGUAUCUCCAGGAAGAUGAUGGCAGAGGUGGUCAGACGGAAACUAGGGACCCACUAUCAGAUCAUUAAGAACAGAUUAUACCGAGAGAAUGAUUGCAUGUUCCCCUCAAGGUGUAGUGGGGUUGAACACUUUAUUUUGGAAGUUAUUGGGCGCCUCCCUGACAUGGAGAUGGUGAUCAAUGUACGAGAUUAUCCUCAGGUUCCUAAGUGGAUGGAGCCUACCAUCCCAGUCUUCUCCUUCAGUAAGACAUCAGAAUACCAUGAUAUCAUGUAUCCUGCUUGGACAUUUUGGGAAGGAGGACCUGCUGUGUGGCCAAUUUAUCCUACAGGUCUUGGACGGUGGGACCUCUUCAGAGAAGAUCUGGUAAGGUCAGCCGCUCAGUGGCCAUGGAAUAAGAAAAAUUCUACAGCAUAUUUCCGAGGAUCAAGGACAAGUCCAGAACGGGAUCCUCUCAUUCUUCUAUCUCGGAAAAAUCCAAAACUUGUUGAUGCAGAAUACACCAAAAACCAGGCCUGGAAAUCUAUGAAAGAUACCUUGGGAAAACCAGCUGCUAAGGAUGUCCAUCUUGUGGAUCACUGCAAAUACAAGUAUCUGUUUAAUUUUCGAGGUGUAGCUGCAAGUUUCCGGUUCAAACACCUCUUCCUGUGUGGUUCACUUGUUUUCCAUGUUGGUGACCAGUGGCUAGAAUUCUUCUACCCACAACUGAAACCCUGGGUUCACUAUAUCCCAGUCAAAACGGAUCUCUCCAAUGUCCAGGAGCUGUUACAGUUUGUGAAAGCAAAUGAUGAUAUUGCUCAGGAAAUUGCUGAAAGGGGAAGCCAGUUUAUCAUGAAUCACUUGCAGAUGGAUGACAUCACCUGUUACUGGGAAAACCUCUUGAAUGAUUACUCCAAAUUUCUGUCCUAUAAUGUAACAAGAAGAAAAGGCUAUGAUCAGAUUAGUCCCAGAAUUUUGAAAACUGAACUGUAGUAGUUCUUAUAGGACCAGCAUCUUAUGGCAGCAGAUACCCUGUGGUAAGAAGCUUACUUGGAGCACCUUUUAUCAAGCCAAGCAUCUGGUUUUCCUUAUCAUGCUGCACCAGAGCUACUCUUAAAAAAGAAAGUGGAUGUAAUGCACAGAUAACUAGUUCAACUCUUUGUCUGAAUAAGGAGCAGAGAUGAUGAGUUAUAGAUUGUGAACACCUUCUACCUUUCAUUUACUUAACCAAUCACAGCUUGUGCCUCAGAUCACCAUCAGAUUACUUGUAUGUAUGUGUUCACAGUGAAACUGGCUGUAUCAUGUGAUAAUGCUCUUUGCUCCAGCAUUUAGAGCAGAAAACCUGUCAUUUGGAAUUGGUACAGCUCAUUACCACAAACCUGAAGUUAAUGCUAGGCUUGAUUGCCAUUGUUUUAUUUCAAUGUAGAAACCCCUGUGGGGUUUGUGAAAAAUACCUAGGGAUUGCUUCCUGGAAGGUGUAAAGAAGCAGUGGCUGUGCCAUGUAGUGAUGUAGGAGUUGUCUUUUGGAAAAAUAUAAACUUUGGUACUCAGGAGGUUUUUAUAAUACCACAUUGAAAGGACCCAAUUGCACAAGUAAUUACUGCAGCUGAUUUCAGGCUCCUAUUUUGUGCCUUCAUGCUGUUGUUCCUUUUAUUGUCUCUCUAAAGGAUAAAAGGAAAAAGG